UCAAUCGUCUCCUCUCUCUCCCCAAUUCUCCACCCUCCGAUCUCCUAAUUCACUCUCCUCUUCUCCCUCCCAAAUACAAAUACCGGGUUUUGGAGGUAUGGCGGAUGCUGGCAAGCAGGGACGGCAGACGGGGAGUCCUGGCGGCGGCGGCUAUGAAAGUGGUGGCGACCUGAGCCCUAGAUCGAAUGCUAGAGAGCAGGAUAGAUUCCUGCCUAUCGCGAAUAUUAGUCGGAUCAUGAAGAAGGCGCUCCCUGCUAAUGGAAAGAUCGCCAAGGACGCUAAAGAGACCGUUCAGGAAUGCGUCUCUGAGUUUAUUAGCUUCAUCACCAGCGAGGCAAGUGAUAAGUGCCAGAGAGAGAAAAGAAAGACAAUUAAUGGGGAUGACUUGUUAUGGGCUAUGGUGACUUUAGGCUUUGAAGAUUACAUCGAUCCACUUAAGGUUUACCUCGCUAGGUACAGAGAGAUGGAGGGUGACACCAAGGCGUCAGCAAAGGGUGCAGAUGGAUCUUCAGGAAAUGAUGCAGUUCAACCUAGUACUAGUUCACAGCUUGCUCACCAGGGUUCAUUUUCUCGAGUCAUUAAUUAUGGAAACUCUCAGAAGGGAAAGCUGUUGAGUGUUGAUUUCCAGAAUAAGUUAAUAUAAGGAGGUUCACCAUGAUGAAGUUCGAGAGGAUUUAACAAACUUCACUAUGAAUUCUGGCACAAGUCAAUUCGAUUAACUGAGUUUCAGAAUGUCAUGACUGUCAAUUUCCAGCGUACUUUUCUUUGUAUAACUUACAGUAGGGCGGCUAAUCAAAUAAGUUAUCUGAAGUUUCUCAUAGAGUGAUUUGCUAGCAUUUUUAAUUGAUUAAUCUUUCUAUAAUUUGUGAGUUAGAGUAGGAGCUUUGCUUCAGCACUUUGAUUCUGGUUUAUUAUUCUCCAUAAUUGCGAAAUGAUCUCCUUGAACAUACUUUUUGAUUCUGAGAAUCUAAUUGAUGCUGUGCAAUUGCUGUUUAUCAACUUAUCGCCUUCAUCUCCGUGUAUGAACGAAUCCCAAGCUCAACAUAGGAUGGUCUCAAUGAGAGGCGCGGACUAGACUUUUAUCUUCAUUUUUGUCCUGCUUGGGGAGAUCAUCACAGUUUCAAAGUGUAUUUUUAUAUUAUUUAUUAUCAUGCUUCAAGUUUGUUGAAUUUCAGCACUCAAAAAGAGCUAUAUUCUAGUGAAAUUUGUACAUUUGGGUCACUUUCAAGAACAUAAAUUAUGGGAAAAAUUCAUACA